GGAUAAUUGGACAGCAUACUUGCAGAUCGACCUUCAUUGUUAGUUAUUCGUUCUGUGUUUCUUUUUCUUCCUCAUUCAACGCCACGUCGCCACCGGCAUCGGAUUUACAGUCACAACAAUCCAAAAUGGUGGUUGAGCAUGGAAAUUUAAAACUACUGCAAAUAAAUUGAAGACGGAAGUUCCAAUCUCCUGGAAGAACCUCUUUGAUAUGGAACCGUGGGAUACCUAGAUCGUUGUAAUUAUCAGUUUGCUUUCAGAUUAAAGUGUGAUCAAACUUUGAUUACAUUUUCUGCUGAUGGAAAGGUAUAAAGUUCUAUUACCAUUAAUGCAAAGAAUUUCGACCUUAAAAAAUGACAGCACUCCCUGCAAAAUCGAAGAGGGUCUGUACUUAGGAUCUUUUGGAGCUGCUGAAAACAGGAGUGAACUGAAAAGCUUGAAUAUUACACAUAUAUUGACGGUUUCAAAUUCACUAUCUUCUCUAUAUCCAAAUGAUUUUGCGUAUAAGACCAUUAGCGUAUCAGAUAAAGGAGAUGUUGACAUAGCACAAUAUUUUGAGGAGUGUUUUGAAUUCAUUGAAGAAGGGAAGAGGAGUGGUGGUGUCUUGGUUCAUUGCUUUCUGGGAAGGUCCCGAAGUGUAACUAUAGUAUUGGCUUAUCUGAUGAAAAAGCAUGGUAUGAGCUUAGCUCUAGCUUUGGAACAUGUGAGAAAGGGAAGGAAAGAAGCAUGGCCUAACUCUGGUUUUAUAGCACAGCUGAAGGACUUGGAGAAAACUCUUCAAGGGACUUCAAAUCUACAGGGCUGAAGGAAUUCGAAUUCAUCAAUUGUAGUAAUCACAGGACCAGGGCUAGUUAAGGGGAGCUUAGAACUGGAGCAUAUAGACGAAGACCCGGAGGUAUCCCGGGACGUGUAGUAUUGGGCAUAGCCCGUGAGUAUGUAUUCUUGUCCAUGGUGUCAAUGAUGUAUGGUGUAGGAGUUGAUAUUAUAAUGUAACAUUUCAAUCAUUAGUGUAGUUCUAUUGUCUUUCUCCAGAAUGUGAAUUUAAACUUUUUCAGGCCAUGAGGGGUUCUUUCUGAAGAAAUGCUUAAUAUGAAUUCUUAUACGUAGCAUUAUACAAACAAUUUUCACUCGGGGAGCAUUAUUUGCGCAGUACAUUUGAAGCUA